CGCUCACUCGCUGCCCGGGGGCAUGCUGGGGACUGUAGUCCUGCCUGGCCACCGUGUACCGAGCCUGGGAGUACUUUGAUCCCUCUGUGGCCCCGGUUAGGACAGUUCCCUCUACCGGCAGGAUAUUUCGCCCUAGUCCCCCGGGGUAGGGCGCUGUGAGACCGGCCGGGGGGUACGGCAAACGCCAGGAAGCGGAGCGGCUCCGGACUACAUGUCCCAUGAGCCUGCGCGGCAGUGACCGGGUGGACGUGUGACUGCUAUUUGCAUGAAUGGGUGGCGGAUGCCGUGCGAACCGCUGUCACCGCCGGUGAGAGGAGAGAGAGGUUGAGGCGCCGCAGCCGGGUGUGACCCCUUGCAGCCCCGAUCACCCGCCGCUGCCCUGCCGGGGGAUGUCCUUGCCCCGGGCACCGUGUACGCCGCACCCCGGGAGCCACUAGAGAGACCGACGCCGCGGACACAGGAGAGGAGGGAGGUGGUGGAGGAGAUGCCCCGGGACGAGAUGAACUCCCUGAUCCAGAGAAUCGCCCGCCAGGCCCGAAAGACCUUCCGCAGCGGCGACGGGGACAGGCCGGACUUCGCGGAGAACGUAGCGCAGCUGAAGAAGUUGGUGGGCGAGAUCCGAGCCUCGGACCUGAAGAUCCGGCCGCGCAAGCAGAGUGCCCCGGGCCCGGCCUCCGCGCCGCACGGCCCGCCCGUCACCUACAUGCACAUCUGCGAGCAGACGGGCGGCUUCAGCAUGGGGGUGUUCCUGCUGCGCGGCGGCGCCGGUAUCCCGCUGCACGACCACCCGGGGAUGCACGGCAUGAUCAAGGUGCUGUACGGCACGGUGCGCAUCAGCGGCUUCGACCGGGCCGAGGAAGUCGGAGCUGGCGGCGACCUGCCCCCCUUACUGCAGCCCUACCAGCGGGGCUCCCUGCUCCGGGCUAUCCUGCGCUCCACCGAGGAGUACGGCGAGGCCAGCCCGCCCUGCCUGCUCAGCCCGCUCCGGGACAACCUGCACCAGAUCUCCGCCGUGGACGGGCCCGCCGCCUUCCUGGACAUCCUGGCUCCCCCCUACGACCCGGACGAUGGCCGGGACUGCCACUACUACCGGCUGCUGCCGCCGUCCCAGGGCCCCGAGCAGAGCGACGGAGACGGCUCCAACCAGGCUGCUGCCUCCGGAGUGAUCCCCCGGGAGGUGUGGCUGCUGGAGAUCCCGCAGCCGGAUGACUUCUGGUGCGGGGGCGAGCCCUACCCCGGGCCCAAGGUGUCUGUGUAACCCUACUACCUCCAUAGGGCCCCCCACCCCUCUCUGCCAGUAACCCAGCUGUGACUGUGGGGGCCUUCACCAACACACAUGCCCCCAAGGGAGAUGCCCUGGCCCCUGUAUUCAUGGGGCGCCUCCUUCACUGGCACCAGUGGCAGGGUGGUCAUUGCCCCCUCAUAGGCUGGAUCACUACUGGAAGUCAUUGCGAAGCUGCUGCAGAACCUCUUUGGCAAUCCAGCUGUCAGUCACCCUCCUAUAGGAAAGCUUAGCGUGACUGUGACCCCAGAGGUUACACUUUUUUUUUUUUUUUGUAUGCACAAACUGCCUUGCCCAGUGGUCUUUAAAGUCUGCUUUUAUUAUUAUGUUAUAUUUAAUUUUUUGUUGGUGCUGCCAAAGAAUGGAAGGUAUGAGUGGCACCACUGACUUCAGCAACCAGUGUAGUUUGCAGAGCCCUCUAUUAGGAAAGCUACCAGCCUGCCCCUGUGAUGCGCACCCCCCUCCCUUACCAUGAAUGUGCCAGAGUGCAGCCAUAUGCAUUUAAAAGCCAUACCUAUGCUUUCUGCCACGUAUUGUAACUUGGUUUGCGCCUGAUGAUGUGAGCAGAUUUGUGUUAAGUACAGCGCCAUGAAGCAGUUCAUUUAUUGGAAACUUAAUUGAAUAUAGUUAAUAUCUGUUGUAGGCGCAAAAGAUUACCACAAAUGUGUCUAAUACUUUAAUGUCCUACAACAUGCAUUGUGCUUGCUAAAAGAAGUGUGAGGGGAGGGGCUGGACGCUCAUAGAUAAUGCCUUGCAUCAAACAGUGUAUAAAAAAAAAAAAAAGUUUUUUAAAGCAUGUUUGCUUACUAGGUAUGUGCCCAUGCAAUUGUUACUGACUGAUUCCAGGCCGUUAUUGUUUAACUGUAGGACUGAUGUGAAGACCACUAUAUAUAGUAUCACUGCCAUGCCUUUUGCCAGUCCCUCUGUUUGCCUAGGACAUUCAGGAGCUUGCUUCCUGGACUCUUCCUGUAGCGUAUGUUUGCUUUCAAGGAAUGUCUCUGCUUUACAAAGAAAAGCAAAAUUAGUCAUUUUUUGAUAUAUAGUGUCUCAGGAUGAAAGCUCUCUUGGGGGGGAUUUUAUUUUUCUUUUCAAUAUGUAAAGAUCCAUUGACUGACAAUAUCCUUUUUUUUUUGUCCCUAAAGAAGUAACAUUCCAUCUAAAUUUUCCUUUGUGUUGUCAUUCAUUAAGUCCACUGUUUAUUAUCUGGAAGUUGUAUAAUGGAUGGUGUACGUGUGACACGCAACGUGCUCACUGCGUACAACCAAACCAUCAUGUUUAAAAAUAGUUCAUGCACAUUGUGAAAUGUAUAUUAAUCACCAGUUGUUUACCACUAAUGCACCUAUUUUAAUUUAAAUUAGUUUUAGACUCCUGUAAUGAAGUUCUUUGCUGGAAGUGAUGUCCUGCAUCUGUAUUUUCCUGUUGUAUGGUAUUUUAUACAUCUAGGGUAGCAAAACUAUUUUAUUUUUUUUAUGUACUGCCAGCUUUGCUAAUGGGCUUCAUUGCAGCAUAUUUAAUACAUUUGCUUAUUUACAUCUUUCAGUAGUGAUAUUGUGUUCUAUGAUUUUAUAAGUGCCCAUCUUUUUAUGAAUACCACUUGUAUUUUGUCAUGCUUGAAUGUAAUGGAAACACCUGUUGGAUUCUAAUAUGUUAUUACAUUUCACAAAUUAUAUAUAAAUGUAUUUUCUGAAGAAAAAAAAAUUAA